GUUUGAGGAAGUGGCUCUCGGCUGGCAGGUUUAAGAUUCCCGUAUUUUAAUGUCUUGGGGUGGUGCCAGAGACCCCGGUGGUGCCGCCCAGCCCCCGCCUCCCCCGCCCCGGGGAGCCGCUCCCCCGCCCCGCGGCCCCGCCGACAGAGUUAGCACGGCAUCGCUAUGAGCUGGUCACCUUCCCUGCCGACCCAGACAUGUGGGGCCUGGGAAAUGAAAGAGCGACUUGGGACAGGGGGAUUUGGAAACGUCAUCCGAUGGCACAAUCAGGAAACAGGUGAGCAGAUCGCCAUCAAGCAGUGCCGGCAGGAGCUCAGUCCCCGGAAUCGAGAGCGGUGGUGCCUGGAGAUCCAGAUCAUGAGAAGGCUGAACCACCCCAAUGUGGUGGCUGCCCGGGAUGUCCCUGAGGGGAUGCAGAACUUGGCUCCCAAUGACUUGCCCCUGCUGGCCAUGGAGUACUGCCAGGGAGGAGACCUCCGCAAGUACCUGAACCAGUUUGAGAACUGCUGUGGCCUGCGGGAAGGAGCCAUCCUCACCUUGCUGAGUGACAUUGCCUCUGCGCUUAGAUACCUUCACGAAAACAGAAUCAUCCAUCGGGAUCUAAAGCCAGAGAACAUCGUCCUGCAGCAAGGAGAGCAAAGAUUAAUACACAAAAUUAUUGACCUAGGAUAUGCCAAGGAGCUGGAUCAGGGCAGUCUUUGUACUUCCUUUGUGGGGACCCUGCAGUACCUGGCCCCAGAGCUGCUGGAGCAGCAGAAGUACACCGUGACCGUGGACUACUGGAGCUUCGGCACCUUGGCUUUCGAAUGCAUCACAGGCUUCCGGCCCUUCCUCCCCAACUGGCAGCCCGUGCAGUGGCAUUCCAAAGUCCGGCAGAAGAGUGAGGUGGACAUUGUUGUUAGUGAAGAUCUGAAUGGAACAGUGAAGUUUUCAAGCUCUUUACCCUACCCCAACAACCUUAACAGCAUCCUGGCACAGCGACUGGAGAGGUGGCUGCAGCUAAUGCUAAUGUGGCACCCCAGGAGAAGGGGCACUGACCCCGAGUAUGGGCCCAACGGCUGCUUCAAGGCCCUGGACGACAUCCUAAACUUAAAGCUGGUUCACAUCUUGAACAUGGUCACAGGCACCAUUCACACCUAUCCCGUGACAGAGGACGAGAGUCUGCAAAGCUUGAAGGCCAGAAUCCAGCAGGACACAGGAAUCCCUGAGGAGGACCAGGAGCUGCUGCAAGAGGCAGGUCUGGCCUUGAUCCCCGACAAGCCUGCCACUCAGUGUAUUUCAGACGGCAAGCUAAAUGAGGGCCGCACACUGGACAUGGAUCUCGUUUUUCUUUUUGACAACAGUAAAAUCGCCUAUGAGACUCAGAUCUCCCCACGGCCCCAACCUGAAAGUGUCAGCUGUAUCCUGCAAGAGCCCAAGAGGAGCCUGUCUUUCUUCCAGCUGAGGAAGGUGUGGGGCCAGGUCUGGCACAGCAUCCAGACCCUGAAGGAGGACUGUAGCCGGCUGCAGCAGGGCCAGCGAGCUGCCAUGAUGAAUCUCCUCCGGAAUAACAGCUGCCUCUCCAAGAUGAAGAAUUCCAUGGCUUCCAUGUCUCAGCAGCUCAAGGCCAAGUUGGACUUCUUCAAAACCAGCAUCCAGAUUGACCUGGAGAAGUACAGUGAGCAGACUGAGUUUGGGAUCACAUCAGAUAAACUGCUGCUGGCCUGGAGGGAGAUGGAGCAGGCCGUGGAGCUCUGUGGGCGGUUGACAUUAGCACAGCUUUUUCAUCAGGAGAAUGAGGUGAGACAUCUGGUGGAGCGGAUGAUGGCGCUGCAGACCGACAUUGUGGACUUGCAGAGGAGCCCAAUGGGCCGGAAGCAGGGGGGGACGCUGGACGACCUAGAAGAGCAGGCGAGGGAGCUUUACAGGAGACUAAGGGAAAAGCCGAGAGACCAGCGGACUGACGGGGACAGUCAGGAAAUGGUACGGCUGCUACUUCAGGCAAUCCAAGGCUUCGAGAAGAAAGUGCGAGUGAUUUACACGCAGCUCAGUAAAACUGUGGUUUGCAAGCAGAAGGCUCUGGAAUUGUUGCCCAAGGUGGAAGAGGUGGUGAGUUUGAUGAAUGAGGAUGAGAAGACUGUGGUUCGGCUUCAGGAGAAGCGGCAGAAGGAGCUCUGGAAUCUCCUGAAGAUCGCUUGUAGCAAGGUCCGUGGUCCUGUCAGUGGAAGCCCAGAUAGCAUGAAUGCUUCUCGCCUUAGUCACUCAGGUCAGCUGGUGUCGCAGCCUUCCACCACCCCCGACAGCCUACCUGAAUCAGCCAAGAAAAGUGAAGAACUGGUGGCCGAAGCACAUAGUCUCUGCACUCAGCUGGAAAAUGCAAUACAAGACACCAUGAAAGAUCAGGACCAGAGUUUGAGGUCUCUAGACUGGAGCUGGUUACAGACGGAGGACAACGAGCAGCAUAGCCUGGAGCAGGCCUCGUGACUGGACGGGUGGCCUCGACCACCUGGUGGGGCUGCCCGGCCUGAGGCCCUCCCGCAGCGGAUGGUGUCCCAGCAGUCUUCGGCAUAGGUGGAGAUCUUCUCACUGCCCCAGCAGUUGUGACAUUCGCUGUGGACAUCCAAGGGUGUGGCCUUCCAUGGACACUGCCAGCAACUUGUCUGUACACUGGAAGUCCUCCAUCACAGAGGCCCAGCCAAUGCUGGUGCCAGGCACAAGCAUUUAGGGAGGCCAAGCCACAGCAGCUACUUCCUCUGCUCUGAAAGAAGUGCUCCAAGUACGAUCGCCCCGCAGACCACUGGACAAAUGUGGAACACGACUCUUUCAGGGCAAAGUAUGAACAGCACUUGGUACCAGCCUGUCCUCUCCUGCCGGCUCCUGAUCUCCAGAGGUCCUGAUCCACCUGUCCUCACAGCUAGUGUUUCCCCUGGAUUCGGCUUCUCUUAAGCAGACUUUUGAAUCAUAGACUUGGCCCAGCCUUGUCCUCUCUCUUCUUCUUUUCAUUUCACUGCUGCUGAAAUUUCCCUUUUACCUACAACUUGGGUGGUUGUCGUCCCUCCUGUAAGGUUGUAGAUGAAUGAUGAGCUCCCCUUGUCUGCAGUCCUUUCGGCCACAGACUGACUCACUGGAGCCAGGAUCGAAGAGCAGCUCCCUUCCUUUGGGUCCCACAGAUGACCUGGGAGUGAGUUGCCAUGGAGAAGAAAGAAAGAAUGGGAUAUCUGUCAACCGCUAGCCUGCUGACCGCUCUGCCCACACCUCGUGUGCCCACUCAGAUGCGUGUGUGUGGCAGGGGGACGAGGGAAUUCCUGCCUCUCCUGUCAUCUAGCAGUAUUAUUAAACUGAUUUAUUUAAAAAAAAGUUUCUAUAUUUUGUAACAUGACUCAACACUUAUACUGGGUUCCACAGUCUAUUUUUAUAAGAUCUGUGGUUGGGAUUUAUGAACUCAGAAUCCAACUUAAUGGAAAAUUUUAUGAGAUUAAAUAGUGCCAUAGCACUAGCACUGCCUCUUUAACAUUUCACAAAACUUCUCCUGCAUAUAAACAGGAGAGCCGAGUGUUCAGGCCAUCAUAAUAGGUGAGUUUGGUUGGAGAAGAAAGUCGGGAUAGAAGACUUUGACAAAGUAGCUUCCGUGGAGACAGUUCAGAGGGUUCCACGGUCAAGUAAGUUUGAGAAAUGCUUCGUGCUUUCAUUGCUUCUUGGAGAUUCACGGUGUACACUGGAGUAUUAAAGUAUCCAAAGUCCUGUGAUAAUAAACCGGCUUAACUUUGCGUAAAUUCA